AUGGCAACUGAGGAGCUGCAGUCCGGAGCUUCCUGGAUCCCGACGUCGGAGACCUCCGCAGACCUGGGCCAGGAUCCCACGCCUGUGGCAGCGGAGCUGACUCCCGGCGGCGGCGGCGGGAAACUCCGUCUUGGUUGGCGGAGACCUCAUGGUGCGGGCGCUGGGCUGCAGAACGUGGGAAACAGCUGCUACGUGAACGCAGCGCUCCAGUGCCUGACCUACACGCCGCCUCUGGCCCACUGCAUGCUGUCGGGAGAGCACUCCCGGAGCUGUGUGCGCCAGGGGGGCUGCAUCAUGUGUGCCAUGGAAGCUCACGUGGCCUGCAGUCUCUGCCUCCCCGGGGAAGCGAUCCGGCCCUCACGCAGCCUGACUGCGGCCUUCCACAGGUCCAGGCAGGAAGAUGCCCACGAGUUUCUGAUGUUCACUCUGAAUGCCAUGCACGAGUCCUGCCUGAGGGGAAGGGAGGACUCGGGACCUGGGUCCGAGGACAGCACCCCCAUCCGUGAGAUAUUCGGGGGCCACUGGAGAUCCCGGAUCCGGUGUCUCCACUGCCGAGGGACUUCCGACACCUUCGAUCCCUACCUGGACAUCGCUCUGGAGAUCCAGGCGGCUCGGAGUGUGAACCAAGCCUUGGAGGGUUUGGUGAAGCCAGAGGAGCUGCGCGGGGAGACCGCCUAUCACUGCGGCUCCUGUCAGAAGAACGUGCCGGCUUCCAGGACGCUGACCUUCCACACCGCCUCCAAGGUGCUGAUGCUGGUGUUGAAGCGCUUCUCGGGCGUCGGCGGGGACAAGGAUGACAGGGAGGUGCAGUACCCCGAGGAGCUGGACCUGCGGCCGUACGUGUCUGGCACCCACAGAGGCCCUCUGGUCUACAUCCUCUAUGCCGUGCUGGUCCAUUCCGGUCGGAGCUGCCACGGUGGACACUAUUUCUGCUACACCAAGGCCGGGAGCGGCCAGUGGUACAAGAUGGACGACGCCACCGUCACCCGCUGCGACCCCGCUUCGGUCCUGGACCCGCGAGCCUACGUGCUGUUUUACGUGCAGCAGAGUCGUCUCCGAGCGGACGGCGUCCCCGGGCCGGUAGGCGUGAGCUCCGGGGCCGAGCCUGAGCGCGAGGCCGGGCCCGGGGACCUGGGUCGGGAGCUCGGAGCCGAGCCCUGCCCGGGAGCCGAAGGACCGCGGGGACCCUGGGAAGAGGAGGCAGAGGAGGAGGAGGCGCUGUCCUUGGACCGGUGGAAAGCGCUCCGGGAGCAGAACCGCCCAAAGUGCGCGCUGCAGCCGCGGAAGGUCGACCACCAUCUGCCGGCCCACGUCGUCGUGCUCCACGGCUCAAGGAGCGGAGGAGAAGGUCUGGGGCGAAGCCACCCCGACAAGGAGAAUGACCUCUGGACCGGUUCUGCCGCCCUAGGGCCCGGUCCGGCGUCUGCGAGCUCGGGGCGGCUCCCGGGUCAGGGAGGAAGAAGCAGAGCGAAGAAGAAGAAGAAGAACAAGGCGGGCAGGAGGCAGGUGGUCGUCUGCUAG